AUGACGGUGUCGGCGGGCAUUGUUCUGUUAGUUCUGGCGUUUCCAGCGGCUCUGGCCCUAAAGCCCGUGACGAUCUCGAAGUGUUGCAACCACGACGAGGUGCUGAUGUCGGAUUUUAAGUGCUUAAGGAACGAGUCGAGCACCUGGGAACUGCUGGUGUUCACCGCGCGGGAAGGCCUGAAGAAGUUCAGCGGCAAAUUGCCGAUUCACUGGAAAACCGUGGAGAACCACAGACCGAAGUGCGAGAAACCGGUGAUGUUGUUCAACGAGAACAAGAGUAGUGUCCCCUUCUUCAACGGGUCCCUGUUCAGCUUCCACUAUAACAAGUUGUUCCACCCCGACCAGUUCUGCCUGGACUACCACUUCACUAUGGUGUGCAUCGACCCCCAGAGCAUUUCUUAUCCCGUUGUUAAAAAAUGCUGUGGGGACGACGCUAUAUUCUCGCAGAAGAACAACACUUGUAUAUACUUUAAAGGUGACACUUACAAAAUUGACAUAGGUCAGGACAAGACGCUCGGGGCAGGGUUUCCUUCUUGUCCGGACAAGAGGCACCAAGUUGUGGCUGAACUGCACGAGUCCAAGAUAUUGGGCAACGGCAGUUUGUCCGUGAACGAUAAGUUCCUCUUGCCAGCUGGGAAUUUUUGUCUGGAACACGUGCUGGAGCAUGCCGGUCGCUCCGCCAAAGUGAUAUCCUGCCCCGACUAUGUGCAACCCCACGUCAUGGUGGAGGCCACCAGAACAGAGACGGACCUCCGUUUCACCAUCUACCCCAUCGGCCUGGCGCUGAGCGUCAUCUUCCUGGUCGCCACGCUGGCAGCGGGUUCGCUACUGCCAGCCAGCCACCACGUGUUGCAUUGGCGUUGUCAGACCCACCACGUGGCCUGUCUAAUGCUCGGCGAUGUGCUUCUUUGCAUUACCCACCUCUCGGGGAAGAUAGAGUACGUGCCCUGCUUCCUGAUUGCGGUAUUCAUGCAUUUCCUCUACUUGUCCGCCUUCUUCUGGCUGAACACCAUGUGUUUCAACAUCUGGUGGACGUUUCGGGAUUUGCGACCACAAAGCACAGAGAAAAGUCAGGAGAGAAUCCGGCUCCGUCUCUACGAGGCUUACGCCUGGGGCAUACCCUUCAUCAUAACCCUGAUUGCCGCUUCCUUGGACCUCAGCAGCAACCCCGAUUAUGAGGUGUUGAGACCGAGAUUCGCUGAGAACAACUGCUGGUUUUCCGGCGAUGUAGAGAAGCUCACCUUUUUCUACGGCCCGAUCGGUACUUUGCUGUUCAUCAAUCUGCUGUUGUUCGGUCUCACCGCCAGAGAAUUGACUUGCGGUCUAUGGAAGAGAGAACUGGUCAAGUCAACCUCGGAAAGAGCUGCUUUGGGAAGAGUUUGCAUAAAACUGGUAGUCGUUAUGGGGAUUUCAUGGAUAGCCGAUCUUAUAUCUUUUGCUGUAGGAGGACCACGUGAGCUAUGGUAUGUGACGGAUUUGAUCAAUUGCCUCCAUGGGAUUUUUAUCUUCAUCGUCGUAGGAUGUCAGCCACAGGUAUUAUCAGCAGUGAAGCGAGUCUGGUGUCUGAGAAAGCACAGGCAGAACGGCACCGCUGGUACAACGAACCACCAUUCCUCCAGUUCUCAGGGACCACCAUCGAUGGGCGACACACUGACCAACACCAACAGCGUCACCAACGGCACCACGAAGAGCGUCCCCUUAGAAACGAGUUGCUAGGUUUGAUCAGAACACCUAUUACGCUUAUCGAUAACUCGGAACCAUUUGGCUUCCUCGUAACUUAGAUGUGAUUUUAGUGGUGAUCAAAAUUUGUAACUCGACGAUCAACUUUUUGAUAUCUCAGUUGACGGUCUUAGGUCUUAAGAAUUGACAGGUAAAUAUAUUUUGAUACUUGCAUUUAUUCGAUAUGUAUCGUAGCAAUACUUGAGAGGCGGACCGCUGUUAGGUUAAGGAUGAAAUAUAUUUUUGUAACGUUUUAGGACUGGCUGGUCUGCUACUUGUGAAAGUUCUUUUUUGUUUUAAUUAUUGUAGUCAGUAACUCGAUGUUAAUUUCUUAUUUAUUUUAGAAUGUAAUCGCUCACUUAUGGCUUUAAAUUCUGCUGUAAAAGGAUUCCGUUUUUAACUUUAAUGUAUUCAAUUUAAACUUGCUGACUAGAAUAAAGUGACGUUUAAUUUAUUGUAACUCUGGAAUAAUUGAUAAGCGACUGAUAAGUUGUUGUUGUGGAUUGAUGGAACGGUUUCAUUCGUAUAAAGCGAGUUUGACGUUCCGCUCUUGCCCUUAAACCAAAAAUUAGGUUUUAAUUCAAACGAACUGUUUUUUAUAGUAAAGUGUCCAUCGAUCCGCUAGAAUAUCGGUCAGGAAUUAAUUAUCCCUGCAAGAAGAGGCGAGAUAGAAUUUAAGACUGACGUCCCUUCAUCUGUCAAGUGUUUAUAUAUUGAUCUUAAGUAAACGUAUCUUUAUUUCCUUAUUUAUAUGUUACGUGGUAGUUGUUUGUACAUAGCCUUUUUGUUAUUAAUAUGUAGCACUGAUUAUUUUUUAAUUGUGAAUAUUUCCCAGUAUUAAUUUUUUAGUUUUCGUAAGAACUUUCAAACAUAUCUCGUUUACGUUCGACGCAGCUACAUUUUUAAUUGCGGAGUUAAUUUUUCAGGAAUUCAUUUUUUUUUGUUUUAAGUUUAAGUAGUUAUUUGGGCAG